AUUAACACGCUUUCAAUUCAGUUACACUCCAUAAGAAAGGCUGUGUUUAACACGCCUGGUCUGUCAGAUGGGAAAGUGGGCGUGUCUUUGAGUCUAUAUAUGAUAUAGUAAUGUGGGCGUGUCUUUGAGUCUAUAUAUGAUAUAGUAAUGUGGGCGUGUCUUUGAGUCUAUAUAUGAUAUAGUAAUGUGGGCGUGUCUUUGAGUCUAUAUAUGAUAUAGUAAUGUGGGCGUGUCUUCGAGUCUAUAUAUGACAUCGUAAUGUGGGUGUGUCUUUGAGUCUAUAAAUCCAUCCAUCUGUUUUCUGUACUGUUUAUCCAACACAGGGUCGUGGGGAGCCUGGAGCUUAUCUCAGCCUGGACAGGAUGCCAACCCAUUACACACACACACACACACUAUGAACAAUUUGGAAAUGCCUACAGUGCGUGUUUUUGGACUGGCGAGGAAACCCCCAAAGCACAGGGAGAAGAUGCAAAGACCACGCACACAGGGCAGAGGCAGGAUUCGAACCCUGAACCCCAGAGGUACGAGGCAGACAUGCUAACGACUAAGCCACCUUGCCCCUGAGUCUAUAUAUGGAAGUCAUUGUUAGUUGUUUAUGCUCAUAUUUGCUAGCAAAACCUCCUUGUGUGAAAACACAAAACUACUUUAGAGGGCGGGGUUCAUAUUCAAGCUUAAAGACACACCCAUCAGCCGCCUACUCAAAGCCCCGCCCUCAUUUGGCUUUUAAAUGUCACACAGCUGAGAGUCAAAUGAAUGAUUUGGCCACACCCUGUUAUUGUGUGUGUGUAUGUGUGUGUGUGUCUGUCUGCGUGUGUGUGUGUGUGUGUGUGUGUGUGUGUGUGUGUGUGUGUGUGUGUGUGUGUGUGUGUGUGUGUGUGUUUUGGCGGUUAGACCUGUUUCUCCUGACACACCACCCUGUCCACACCGAGCCUCAUCCGGACAGGAAGUAAAGCACACUCGCAAUCUCGACAGCAUGGGAUCAUAACUCAUCCUCCUCACAGCUAGAUGAUUUGAUCAGUGUGGAGUUUCCUCAUUUCCUCCGUCCUGAGCUGCACUUCAGACCCUGACGUGAACAUGGCCACCGAUUUGGGAUACAACUUUGUUUUUAAAGUGGUGUUAAUUGGAGAAUCUGGAGUCGGGAAGAGCAACCUGCUGUCCCGAUUCACCAAGAGCGAAUUUAACCACGACAGCCGCACCACCAUCGGGGUGGAGUUCAGCACUCGCAGCGUGCAGCUGGAUGGAGUGACCAUUAAAGCUCAGAUUUGGGACACAGCCGGUCUGGAGCGCUACAGAGCCAUCACCUCAGCGUAUUACAGAGGUGCGGUCGGAGCCCUGCUGGUGUAUGACAUCAGCAAACACCUGACGUACGAUAACGUGGAGCGGUGGCUGAAGGAGCUGUACGACCACGCCGACCCUCACAUCGUCAUCAUGCUGGUGGGGAAUAAGAGUGAUCUGGCAACCCAGCGCACAGUCCCCACAGAGGAGGCCAAAGCUUUUGCAGAGAGUAAAGGUCUGCUCUUCAUCGAAACUUCAGCUCUCCAAUCAACCAACGUCGGGACUGCGUUCCUCCAGGUUCUCACAGAAAUCCACAGGAAGGUGGCGAGUAAACAGGUGACUCGAGGUUCCAUCAGCGCCGUGACUCUCGGCACCACCGGCCCCAUCAUUGAAACUACAGAGGAGAGCAGGGGCUGCUGUAGGAAACAGUGAAGAUAAAAAAAACCUUCAUCAUCCUCACAGAGAUGCCUACAGCGUUACGAGCUUUACACUGUGUAAAAGUGAAGCUGGUCCCUCGGCUAUGUUCCAAUACCGUUCUCCAGCGCACACUCGUUCACUUCCCCUAGAUUAGAUGAGGAUCCCGUUGAUGUCCGUUUGGAAAAUCUGUAACGGUUUCCAUCAGAUUUCUAAAGAUUUUCAUCAGGGAUAUUCUGGAUACUAUUAAUCACAACUAGAGCACAACAGAACCUUCUUUUAUGAGAAUAAAGUCAGAGAAUCCAUCAGAAACCAUUAGGAACCAAACGAUCCAUGAAACUACCAUUACAAACCACCAGAAACACAUUAAAAACCAUUAGGAACUGGAAGAUCUGUAAUGGUUUCCAUCAGAUUCCUGAAGGUUUCUGUUAGAGAUGUUCCAAUUUAGCAUUACAAAGAAAUCAGAUACUCCAACAGAAACCAUUAGAAACUAUUAAACGACCAUUACAGACCACCAGAAAUGCAUUAAAACCCAUCAGGGACCAGUAGAACUCUGUAACUAGUUUAUUUUAAUCUCCUUCAGAUUUAAGUGGAUAAUUUAAAAUGAAUCAUCUUAAACAGUGGUGUUGAUUAGCUAGUGAUUAGCUUAAAAAUGUAACAUUGGGUGUAUUUUUAAAACUGUGUCCAUAUAAUCACACAGAAAACAAACAAACCACCAGAACACACCUAGCGGCCUAGCAGUGGAUUAGCAUAACGAUGAGCUCAUGGCUAAGUGUGGAAACAGGAACUUUCUGACUUCUGAGAAGGAAUAAUCUGUUUAAACUUGUAAUUCUGAGUAAGAAUUUAAGUCCAAUCACUGAGUUUAAGUCAGAUGUUGUUUUUAAUGGCUGAAUACAGGAGUUGAGGUGGGUUUUUAACUCAGGAUUGUGUUAGCUCAGGCUUGUGUGUUAGCUCAGGAUUGUGUGUUAGCUCAGGCUUGUGUGUUAGCUCAGGAUUGUGUUAGCUCAGGCUUGUGUGUUAGCUCAGGAUUGUGUGUUAGCUCAGGCUUGUGUUAGCUCAGGAUUGUGUGUUAGCUCAGGCUUGUGUUAGCUCAGGCUUGUGUGUUAGCUCAGGAUUGUGUGUUAGCUCAGGCUUGUGUGUUAGCUCAGGCUUGUGUGUUAGCUCAGGCUUGUGUGUUAGCUCAGGAUUGUGUGUUAGCUCAGGCUUGUGUGUUAGCUCAGGAUUGUGUGUUAGCUCAGGCUUGUGUGUUAGCUCAGGAUUGUGUGUUAGCUCAGGAUUGUGUGUUAGCUCAGGCUUGUGUUAGCUCAGGCUUGUGUUAGCUCAGGCUUGUGUGUUAGCUCAGGAUUGUGUGUUAGCUCAGGCUUGUGUUAGCUCAGGCUUGUGUGUUAGCUCAGGACUGUGUUUGCGCUCUGAGGUGACAUUUUUUCAGUUACUCGAGAUGGAGUGUGUUGAACAAUACACUCUGAUACACACUGUGACGUAAGCCGUGCUUUGGAGUGGCUAGGGGAAGUGGACAAGUGUGUGUGGAGAAUGUUAUUGGAACACAGGGCUGGGUUUGGAUCAUGUGAUGGUUUUUAUUUUAACGUGAUUUUAUUUUAAAGGGGUCAUAUCAUGACUUUUAAACAUUUUUAAACGUUCUUUACUUUGACUAUUGGUUGUAAGAGAGCAGGUUAACAUGUUUUAAUGUUCAAAAUAUGCAUUAUUUGUCAAAUAAUGUACAUUAUUGCAGUACCGGAAAUCCCAGGAAUGCGCAGAUUUCUGCAAAGCCCCUCCUUCUGAAAAGCCCAGACUUCUCCGAUUGGCCAGCUGGCCUGCUGCGUUGUGAUUGGACAAAAUCCUCGCACGAGUCAUGAAUGUAUAACGCGAUGAUGGCGUAACGAUCACGUCAUGGCCAGUGUUCAGCCUUUAACAUUUACGCUUCGGAUUGACGAGUUGGAAUAAAAUGAUUUAUUUUAGACCUGAUGUGAUGCACAGAAGUCGAGCCUGCAGAAAAUGUUUACACGUCAUUUAUAUUGUUUUUGUUUGUAGAAAAUCACACGCUUUAGAUUUCAAAUCUCCGGUCACAAAAAAUGUUGAUUAAAAAUGUAAAAUUCUAAUAUAUUUUAAUAUGAAUUCUAUAUUUUAUAUCUCCAUGUAUAAUUCUGCAAAUCCUAUCCCCACUGUGUAGAUUCACCAGAAGAUGAACACAAUAACAUUAAAAUAUUUAAACAUGUA